GGGGGGGCAGGGGCGGGCCAGCGGCGGCGGCGCUGCUGGCCGCGGUCCAGCCCGGCGCACUAAUACAGCCUGGCGGCUCCCGCCUGACUGACGCCGGCCGGGGCUGCUGCUGCCGCUGCCGCUGCGCCCUGGCCCCGCCGCCGCCGCGCAGCUGCAGCCCCGCUCCCGCCCGCGGCGCGCCGAGACCCCAGCCCGCGCCCGGUGGCAGGCUUCAUCAACAGUUUCUUGAUGUUUGGAAAGUUCUGAGACCCACCCACCCUGCUGGCCUACUUGUAACCAGUGCCUAAGACUACAAGAGCGUAUGUGUGGAAGAACCUAUCCUUGAAGGAAGCAUCCAUCUCAAUAUUGUGGCAACUCGGUGCAAGCCUUGCAAGGCAGGAGAGCAAUUCGUGCUUCCGUUGACACUUGUGUGUAAUCUCUGCUUCUUAUGCACUCCAGCACCCCUAUCAGUUCCUUGUUCUCCUUCACCAGCCCUGCAGUGAAAAGGCUGCUGGGCUGGAAACAAGGAGAUGAAGAGGAAAAGUGGGCAGAAAAAGCUGUUGAUUCCUUGGUGAAGAAGUUAAAGAAGAAAAAAGGUGCCAUGGAAGAACUGGAAAGGGCUCUGAGCUGCCCAGGUCAGCCGAGUAAAUGUGUCACGAUCCCACGCUCCUUGGAUGGGCGAUUGCAGGUGUCGCACCGCAAGGGGCUUCCCCACGUCAUAUACUGCAGAGUGUGGCGCUGGCCUGAUUUACAGUCUCACCAUGAGUUGAAACCACUGGAAUGUUGUGAGUUCCCAUUUGGUUCAAAACAGAAAGAAGUAUGCAUUAACCCCUACCAUUACCGGCGGGUGGAAACCCCAGUCCUACCUCCUGUACUCGUUCCAAGACACAGUGAAUUUAACCCUCACCUCAGCCUCCUUGCCAAGUUUCGAAACACUUCUCUGCACAGUGAGCCGCUGAUGCCGCACAAUGCCACCUAUCCUGAUUCUUUCCAGCAUCCUCCAUGCACCCCUUUCCCAUCAUCACCCAGCCACAUGUUCUCCCAGUCACCUAACAGCAUCAGCUACCCCAAUUCACCAGGAAGUUCUUCUGGACCAGGAAGUCCCUAUCAGCUCACGGUGGAAACUCCACCCCCGCCUUACCAUGCAAGAGAACCUCCAGGAACCCACAAUGGGCGAUCAAUGGAUGCAAUAGCUGAAAGUCAAUUAGUGCUGUCUUUGCCCAAUGGAGGUAAAUCUGCCGAUGGAGAAGCUGAAAACUUUCGGCCUGUUUGCUAUGAGGAACCCCAACACUGGUGCUCAGUUGCCUACUAUGAACUCAACAACCGGGUAGGGGAGACUUUCCAGGCUUCCUCUCGAAGUAUCCUUAUAGAUGGAUUUACAGAUCCCUCAAAUAACAAAAACAGGUUCUGCCUGGGACUGCUCUCAAAUGUAAACCGCAACUCUACUAUAGAAAACACCAGGAGACACAUAGGAAAAGGUGUUCAUCUUUACUAUGUUGGUGGAGAAGUUUACGCCGAAUGUGUCAGUGACAGCAGUAUUUUUGUGCAAAGCCGCAACUGUAACUACCAGCAUGGUUUCCACCCAGCCACUGUUUGCAAGAUCCCCAGUGGCUGUAGCCUCAAGAUCUUCAACAACCAGCUCUUUGCCCAGCUGCUUGCUCAGUCAGUCAAUCACGGUUUUGAAGUGGUGUAUGAGCUGACCAAGAUGUGUACUAUUCGAAUGAGCUUUGUUAAAGGCUGGGGAGCAGAGUAUCAUCGCCAAGAUGUUACAAGCACACCCUGCUGGAUUGAGAUCCACCUGCAUGGACCAUUGCAAUGGCUGGAUAAGGUGCUGACACAGAUGGGCUCACCUCAUAACCCCAUCUCCUCGGUCUCUUAAGAAUCAUCUCUAGAAUUCCCUUAGGAUGGAUGCUAUUGCAGGCAGUGGCUUAUAGGAUUUCCAGUGAACAGAAGCUUCUAUAUGUAGAUGUAUGUAGAUGUAAAUAUAUCUAUACAUAGUCUACUCGCCUUUUUUUUUUUUUUUUUUUUUUUUCAUGCUACAUUUUGUGGUUUCUAGUUACUCUGAUGCCAGUACAAUAAGUUUAGAAAUUCAGGUAUAGCAUAUCUGUUCUCUAGUACAAAAUAAGCCAAAUUCCUGCAAAAGUGUCAAACAUGUCCUGUGAGCAUCUUCAUUCCCCAGCCGAGCCAGUAAACGGUGUGAAUUCUUAGCACUUUCAUGCAGAUUCAGAAACCUGGCUGUAGCUGUUCCUAGUAGGUGAAAUUCACCCCUCUGCAGGCAACCAAAGUCAGAUCUCUACACCAUUUAUAUCCGUUUUACAUCCUAAUUUCAGGUCUAAAAGAGGACCUUAGGUGGUGCACAGGACUUAUGCAUAGAGAUGACUUUUAUCCAGUGAACUGAAGGACUAAACUGCAAUUCCAGUCUGUCUCCCUACUGCAAAGCACGAUGGGACAACAGGUCCUCUGAGGAGCUGAGGCACCCCUGUCUCCCGUAGGAUUUAGUAGGAGGAGAGAUCCCCUUGGGAUACGUUCAGCACUGGAGCCUUAUCAGAGCAUUCUGGACACAUCCAAAUAGUCUGAUACUGUUAACACAGUAGUGUACGGUACUGCUACACUGAAAAGCAACAAGCUCCUGAGAAAAAGGGAAAAAAUAGAAUUUGAAAUAUAUACCUGUAAGUUUAAAAACUAAUUAACUUCCAGUGCUUUUUUGCAAAAUACAUACAUACUUGCAUAUGUAUCCGGCAUGUAAACUGAAUCCUAUCCAAUAUACAGUAUUGAUGUAGUUUGUUUUAAAGUUAGAACUGUCUGUAGUUAGACUACUGUGCUAAUAUCAAGGGUACGUCUAAAAGGGACUUAACUGUGAUCCAGAAAAGGGAAAUGAAGUGUGCAUUGAAGAACCAAAUAGUGACUUCAUCAUUUGUGUUGGGAUAGUCUCUGUACUGGGAGCAGGAAGCCCCAUGCUCACAGGAUGCCAUGAGAAGGAGGUAGGAGUCAGCCACGUCCACCCGCUGUGCUGAGGCAGUGCUUAGGAUCCCACUGCAAAGCUCAGGUUUGACAGAGGGGGCUUCCCUGCCAGUCACUUUGGACAUCCCCAUGCACGGUUUCUCACCUUAGACACAGGCUUCAUCAUUUGCAGUGUUUUUGCCUCGCCUGUAGAGGAUGGCAAGGCAAUGUAAGCCACAAACAAUCAAAGAGUGAAUCUGCGUGCAGAACAUACUUUACAAGCUCCUUGUCUGUGGUCCUUCUGUAAGCAGGGAAACCUAUUGUCCACACUCUCAUCCACAGAGCCAGCCUUACAAAAUGCUGUUCACUUGGAAACCUUUCCUGAGGAGGCAGGUGAAACUCUUAUCACGCUUCGAUGAUCCCCAUUACCUUGCGGAAAGGGUAGAGGACUAUUUCUUUCCAGGCAUAACAGUCCACUGAAAAUUGUUUUGCUUUAAGGGUCAGAGAGAGUUGUAACUUCUCCAAUCUCAUUCCUCCUUAGAACACACCAGAAAUACCCUGACAAGAAAAAAAAAACAAACCAAUUUUACAGAAUGUCUCUUUUCUUCUCACACAGUAUCUGGUGCUACACAUUUUACUGCAUAAUUAGAAGAGGAUGCCUGAGAUCUUGAGCUACAUCACAUAUGCAAAGGAAAUUACAUUCACUUCAAGACUUUCGUGUGUUUUAGAUGCUAGGUAAUACCUGUUACAGGGUGGUAAUUAUGAACAGAGCAGAAGAAUCAGUAAACUAGCAGGCUUACUUCAUUCAUGCGUCUUCAGCUGCCUGCAGAAUUUGUAGGGCACAGAAGGAUAAACUAUCCAGUUUGAGCAGUAAUAGCAAGUUGUAUAGGAAAUCUGAAAAUGUGAAGAACCCUAUUCUGUCACCAUCUGACGUCAGCAGUGUCCCUGUAGGACAGGAAAAGCUUUACAGUCUCCUGCAGCAAUGAAAUCCAAUAAUGAUGUUACACAGAAAUUCCAGGCGUGCCAUUUACUGUUCAGCAGACUUGAGAGAGAUCAGUUUGGAAAAAGAUGUUUCCCUCAGCUCCCUCUGUCAUCAGUGUCACUGUACUGAGCAUAUACUUCAUGUUUAUUGCAUCCUUUCUUCAGUAAUUUCUCUGUGCUUUUUCAUGACACUCAUCCCUUUGCUUUCUCAGCAGCUAAGGACGGAGAAAAUCACUUCUCCUGUCCAGGGUCUAGCUCUGUACUUUAUCCUAUAUUCUUCCUUGUCUUUUAGGCUGAAACCUCUUUCCUCCUAAUAUAUAGAGAAGCGUAGGGAUUACUUUUAGACAUUCCCAGCACUGUCAUCUUCCUCACAGAGAGCAAAGCGGAGGUGUUCUGAGGUGCAUCUGCUCUUGGGCAGCUCCAGAACCCAGUUUCCCACCAAUGCUGUAGAGGAAAAUUGGAUGGCCAGUGAAGAGAAGCAGGUUCUUCUGGGGCAUCGUUCGUUUCAUCAUAAGGCAGGUAUUUCAAGUGAAAUAUGCUGCGCUCUGAGCAUGCUUAUGUCUUCCCAUUGAGUAUAAGGGGAACUCAGGGUCACCAGCUCAAAUGUGGACUGCUGCAUCAGACAUAUCCAAAAUUAGAUGAGGUGGGCCCCAGGGAAGAUGUGGUGGUUUUCUCAGCCUAGUAAUGAUGCUUGGUCAGUGAGUGUCUGUGUUGUUUAAAUGGAAGUUGGUAAAAAAGAGCAGUUUUUCCUUUCCUGUAUGUCUACUUUUACAGUAAUUCUCAUACAAAUAGGAUUUAGCUUCAGUGCAGUCCACGCAUCUCAUUAAAGGUAGUCACCUUAAUAUUCCCAUACUAGUAAGUGAAGAGGCAUUUCUGGAGCAUGGUUCUUCUGACCUGUUUAAAAUGUCUGUAUUAGGAUGAGAUGAAUUUCAGCAAAUUUAAAUAUUUGCUGGAAUUUGGAUCAAAGUGCCUGAUUCUGGGCAAUCAAAGCCAAGCGCCAGCUCAGAGUUAGCCUUUGGGAAGGUCGGUAUCACAGUGUGAACUUACUUCCAAUUUUGGUGGCCUCCAGGAACUUAGUGCACUGUAUGAAGUGCUGUGCAAAGCCCAAGAGAAGGGAGAGCUCACAUCCCAAGGGAGAAGUGGUAACAACGAAUGAGGCAAACAAGUAAAUUGGAAGAUGACCCCUGCCCAGAUGCAGUGAUAAAAAGUAAGGCUAACAAACCAUUUAUUUCCCUUUCUUUUUGAACAAAGUCUCUCUUGCAGGCUUCUCUAGUACAUGUGGAUUAAAUUUGGCUAAAAAUCCAGGUUUCUCGUAAAUUACAGCAAUGUAACACUGUAUCUUACUCUACUAUCUCUCCCUUUUGGGAGGAGCUGUUUUCUGCUGAAAGGUCUUCAUGAGCCUAUCAACCUGUAGUCAAUUUAAAGCCUUUAAAUGUACUCAUUAAUACUCAAGCAUUGGAGAUAGUCUUCCUGAGACAUUUAAAAUUACUUAGAGGGAGACUACCUAGUUGAAGGCAGAUUUUUUUCAAUUAUUUUUGAGCCAUGAACAGUUCAAACCCUCUUGAAAGUUUCUGCAGAGACGUACCAUGCAUCAGUAGGCAGCAGUGGGAGUUUGGUCAGGCAGGGGCAUAAAGCACAUUCAUCAUGGUACGUAAGACCCUUGUUUUCCUACUAAGUGAUCAAGAGGACUGCUUAAUUGCUGCCAGUUCUUCAGCAGCGCCAGUAUUAAUGUGCCAUUUGCAUCCAGAGGUGAUGGAGGCAAAUCUAGCACCCUGACUGCACAGAGCCAUUCAGUGGCACUGCUGCUCUGACAGCUUGGUCCCCUGACCUCACACUGUAACAGCUGAUCAGGUGCGGUAUAGAAGUGGCUGUAGCAUUCAGAAGCACAGCGCGGGCUUUGCCUCCCCAUCAGAGGCUACACCACAAGCGUCUUUACUCCUUGUGAGAAUUUCAUGGUGUGCUGUGGUCAGGCUGAAGGAUAACAUAUCAGCAACACAAAGGGGGAACUGUGGGCUCAGGUAACAGCUGGAGUCGAAGAAAUUCUUUCUGUGUCUCCAGCAGGUACCGUGUCAAGAAUUUCACCGCCCUGAGCAGCCUUCUGUGACUGGUCCCUGCCUUGAGCAGGGCAUCAGAAUUGAUGCCCUAUGGACAUCCCUUCCAAUAUACAUUAUUCUGUGGGUCUGUGCUGGGAUUCAGACAACUGGUUGCCACAGGCAGGAGCUCUCUGUUAAUAGAGACAGUUACAGGCUGAAGCACAUUUAUCCUCAUCUAUUUCUGCAUGCAUUCAAUGCAGGACAGAGUUACAAGGUAUUAACGUUCCCUCAGCAUAAAAUCAACACUGCAAACAUUUCUCACUGUAAACAUCAUCUCCACGACACAACUUUUAAAACGGAGAAAAUCAGGCAUUUGUGACUGUGACUACUUGAUCUGCUUUUCUUGGCUUAAAAUACUCAGCUGUAAGCUUUAUGAAUUAGAAAGUCUCACCAGUGACUGAGAGUUACACAAACAGCUGUAUUUACAGAGGCAGCUCAGGCAGGGACUGACUGCUUCUUGGCUGGCUGGAAACGAUUUAUAAAGAAGCUUGAUCAAGUUUAGUAACUUUGGAGAGAUCUCAAGUAUAAGGCCAAUUUUAUUGGCUCAUUAGAGACAUCUCUGGUGCAGCUAUAGCUUUCAGGAAUACCUGAGCACUACAUAGUGCUCAGCACAGGAAAGAAACAUGACAUCCUCUGUACUACUCACCUCUCCCCCCAGCUCUUCAUAACCUAACUUAGUAAAACCAAAACCAAACACAAUAAAGAAAGAUUAUAAUGAGUCUAGGGUAGAGUAAUUAAAUACCAUUUUUCAAAGUUGAGAAGUACUGCCCAGAAUUUAUAUUUAUAUCAUCAGGAAUGUGUUGAAUGUAACAUGUCCCAUGUGCUCUCCAAGCCAGAGGUGAGAGCUGCUUGCUCUGGAGAAGCCCAGCGAGCUGGUUGUUACUUGAACAUCUGAACCCAAGCCCUACUGGGUGAGUGCAAACCCCACUGAAGUUGAGAAGAUUUUUAUAGAGGACUUACAGUUCAUGGUUGGUUUCAGUAGCCAGAGAUGCUGAGAGGAUGAAAUAACUGGGGAGAAGGGAGCGUAUGACCAGAUAUGCUCAGUGGUCAUCACUGGAGGUAUCAAGGCAGUACACGCUUGGGCAGCCAUUGUGUUCACUAGAGCUUUUUACAUUUAUAUCUAAACUAAUCAAGACCCGUUUUAGGAGCUGCUUGGAGUACCACAGUCCUCAGUCUGGUGCUUCCCACACACAGCCUGGCUGAGUGUGCCAGCCUCCUGAUUAAGCCAUUAGAUAUGUUGGGGCAAACUGGUGGCCCACAUGGUGCAGGGAUUAGGCUCUGGUUGCAGUUGGGAUCGCCUUGUGCCUCGCAGCAGGACUAAGAAGGAGUUCAGCUUUGGGGCAACUGUUCAAGGACACUGAGCACAUCCAGUGUGUGCUCCUCAGAGAGAACUGCACUCUGAACAGAAACUGCACGACUGAAAGACACGGAUUAUACAGAGCGUCUACCUGGGAACUGCAAUAAAGCAGCCCACUUCAUGCAUAGGUGGGAAAUUGCAGUGCCUAAAGGAAGAUGGAAUCAGCAGGAGCCUUCACAGGGACCCCCUGUGUUAUAAAUCACAUUUAUAACAGGAACUAAGAAUGGACAAGUGUGCUUCCCUGAGAGCGACUAUGGUCAGGUCACUGUCAAGAAAGAGCCUGGCAGAGCUGGUCCCAUCUUGCAGUGGGGAGAGAGAUUAUAUGAGACUUUAGAUCUGUGAAUAAAAAGCUUCUCAACCUGGAGGAUUCAUUGUAGUCACUGAAACAGGACUUCUUCCUAAUGACAGCUCUGGGACUACCUUUCUGCAAGGUACCGAAAGCCUGAGUGGGCAUUUGGUCUUUGUUCAGUAGAGAGGAACCGCUUUGUGUCUCCAGUGCAGACAGACACUUCUGCAUGUUGUGCACCAGCACAAAACACAGCCUUUGGUUUGUACCGAUCAUCUAUUUAUAGGGAGCUCCAGAAUGAUCAGGAGCAGCCAGAAUCCUGUCACCUCUUCACCCCUGGGCUUUCCAAACAGCUUGCCCAGGCGUGCCUUACAUUAUAUUGCCAUACUGAUGCCAUACUUCCCUGCCAGGGAGGUAGGGCAUAUGGGAGUCCUGUCAAGGGGACACCUCCACUUGCACCUGGGCCAUGCUUGCAAACUUGGUGCCUGUACAAAUGAUGAAUCUCAUUUGCAGGCCAUGUCUUAUGGAAGGUAGGCAUAACCACUACACCCUCCGGAGUCAGCUACUCUUCCAUUAUAGCCAAUGUGAGCAUUUGCAGCUAAUUGUGAACAAUUUUUAGAUCUUCAGUCAUAGUGUUUUUAUUAUCCAUGGAUGCUGCUAUCUUAUAUUCUGUGUUAGUAUUCAAAUAAUAUUGCAUAUGAAUAGCAUAGGAAGAAAUAGACCAACCAGUUAAUAAUUUUAAAUACAGACCUCAUCAGCAAAGAAAAGCUAGAAAAAAACCUGGUAAAGUCUGACCCCUUGCACUUUCACAGUAGUGAGCACAUCAUGUUUCAAAGUGGUUUUUUGAUGCUAAAGUGUGUGUUAAAUCUUAUUCACAGUUAUGUCCAUGAGAUGCUUUGCAAACGAGAGCAAGGGAACAAACAUAAUAAUGAGCAGAGAUAAUGCACAUUCAGACAAAUUUUCUUCACUUACUCAAGCAAUUGGAGUUUUUAUUUAUAAUACUCAUUAAAUGUACCGCAGCAUACUUUCUGCAGAUAAGUCAGUGUCAGCAAUUUAAACCCUCAUUUCAAUAUUGCCUUUGCAAUAUAAAUGGGGCUGAGAAGUGAGACAAGAAGGUGAAGAAACAAGCCUUUUUGUGUGGAUCAAUGAAGCCAUAAGGUUGCAUACUUCUAUGCAGUCAAGGGGCCAAAAUGGUGGAUUCAAGCAAAGUGUGGGGUUACGUAUGAGCUAUUGGUCUGGUGCAGAAAAGCACCAUGAAUCUACAUAGAUUUAAGAGUGUUGCUUCUGUCUAUGAACAAUUCUGACCUCUCUCCUCCACCAGAAUCAAAGCAAAAUGUCAGCACUAUCCAAAAGGAAGUAUUAUUCACAGGUAGUGAUACUCGGUAAACCAGCGUAGAUCGCUGUAUAGAGAACACUCCCUGGACUCUUUGCCUCUUGAGAAUGAAAAAAACUCCUACAUGCUUAGUUUCAGGAGCCUGAGAGAUCAGGGCAGCGCAGAGUCCUCUGAUCAGCCCCAGAGUACUCUGUCCCAUGCCCUGUCGUAUCAAGAAAGAUAACUCAACUGCUAAUGAAGUGGACAUUUUCACAAGCAUUCCUCCUGCUGCAUUUGACUUGAGGCAUUCUAAAUCUAACAUAUUUAGUCUGAUGUUUGAACAAUACACUUUUUAACACACUCCAUUUUCUUUGGCUGGAAUUAUUCUAUUGUAAAAGGGAUUAUUCAUGUCUUGUGUUUUACUGUUAAUAAAGAUAUUUCUGAUUUAA